GUUUAGAGGCAGACACUCAGAAGAUUAUUUUCCUUGAUAAUGUUUAAACCCAGGUAAAAUAGAAAUCUACAAUUAUUCAUUGUUUUUUGAGGCGAGAGACAUGGCUGACAAAGAGAAGGAGAGAAGAUACCUUCAGCAGAGAAGAGCGUCUGGAGGAGGUGAAUGUGGAGUUAUACAAAAGGUUUCAGGAAACAUCUGUGAAAUCCGUUUCAAAGACAAAGAAGGUAAGCCCUCUGCAAUGACUUCAAACCAGGAAAGGGUUUUGCAGAGAAAGGAUCUCACCAUCUCCCUUCCCGGUGGAGAAGCUCAACUGACUGUGAGUCCGAUUAACCCAGCAGAGACGCUGGAUCAACCAAAGACCAGUCAGGCACAGACUUUAACAAAAACAAACAUGAAAAGUCUUGAGAAGAUUUACCAUUUGGAUGUUUUCCUCUUGCGCUACAUGAGAGACAAUCCCAAAGCUUUAACAUAUCUCCAAAAACAACUCUCUUCAAUCGGCUGCGAGGUGGAGUUAAAGUGUGAUGAAGAGCAGGCAGUGGUGAGGGGAGACAUGGAUAAGGGCCCUGGAGGAGCCUUCGGAGGUGAUACAGAGAAAUGGGAGCAGCAAAUGAACCUGAUCAUCACCACCAUCACUGAGGAGUACAACUGCUAUCAUGUAAACGAGGAAAAGCAAGUCCAAGUGUUACUGCAGGAUCUGUCCUUUGUAAAUGAAGACAUCAAGGUAUAUGCAGACAGAGGAUAUCCUGUGAUUGUGGGGAAAGCAGAGGCAGUGAAGGAGAGGGUCGCAAUCCUGACAAAGAGCCUGCCGAUCCGAAAGGAAAAGCCAAUUACAGAGAAUCAGCUAAAACUGAUAGAAGAAGAGUUCUGUUGUAAAUUGCGUGCACACUAUCCAGAUGUUCAGCUCAGCAGAGGUAAAGGCAUCAUCGUCCUGGAAGGCCUGGAAGAUGAGGUGCAGUCUGGAGCCACAAAGCUCGAUGAACUCAUUGGUCAAAUCAAAGAAAGGAAGAUUCAGUUCCCAACACCUUUACUGAACUUCAUCAAUUUGAGUGGCGCCAUUUCCAAAUACCAAGCUCGCUUCCAGCAGAGCUUUAGAAAUCACGUCUCCAUAGAGAUGAGGCCGGACCUGGUUCUGUCCAGCCUGUCCGCUGAUGCUUUGGACGAGGUCCAGGCAGCGCUGGUGAUAGAUCUGAAUGUGUCCACCAUCCAGCUGCAGGGAGCUGCAGCAGUUUCUCCUCAUCUGGACAAACUGAAAGACAUCCUGAAUCAAGCCCAGAGCAAAGCAAACCGUGACGAGCUCAGAGUGGGCGUCAGCUUCAUCCCAGGAAUCAAUGGAGCCAACAGAGUACAACUUGUGGGCUACAGUGCAAGUGUGUUUCAGUUUAAAGACUUUAUUCAAGACUAUCAGAUGAACCAAGUCAUGAGUCAAGAUACAGUGUACCUGUCGAAUCCUAAAUUUGCUGAUUGCUUCGAUAAAAUCUUAGGCCUUACUGGUAUCAACGUACCCAACGUGACUUUUAAUGUCUUUCGUUUACCAAAUCCUUGUGUGAUCCUGUCUGGUCCCCAUUGCAAAGUUCAAGAAGUCAAGUACGCUUUAUUUUCAGCUUUGGCUUCUCUGACAUCAGACACGUUGGUUCUGGAAGGCUCAGGAGCUCAGCAAUACUAUCAGGCAAGUGGUAAAGAUAGCAAGGAACUGCUCGAGCGCUCCUUCAGGGUUAUUAUCAGGGAACAGCAAUGUGUGUCGAUUCCAGAUGUGAAAAGCAAACAGAGAAGCUCCAGCAGCCCCAUGACUCUCCUCCCAAGACUUCCAGUUUCUAGACACCACUCAAGAGCUGUUGGUGGUACUGCUACCGCUCACAAUGUGAGUUGUUCACUCAACAAAGCCAAUGUAGCAAUCAAGCUUGGUUCUUUGGAAGAUGAGCAGGUGAAUGUUCUGGUCGUCCCCAUGGUCAACAUACGGCUGACUUCCACACAGAUUGGUAACUGCCUUCUGAAGAAAGCUGGGAACGCACUGAAAUCAAAGUUGGACUCUCUGGCGUUGAACUGCAGACUCGCUCCUGGAGACAUUCUGCAGGUUGACGGUCCUCCAUUGCUGGGCUGCUCAAAGAUCUUCUUCAUUGAAUGUUUACCUUGGGAUGGAGUCGGAGGGAUGAGUGUCCAGGCUCUUGGUAAAGCACUCAGACAAUGCAUGGAUCUGUGUAAUCAACUGGGCUUGAGUUCAUUAGCUUUUCCCAUUAUUGGGCCUGGAAUACUGCUAAGAUAUCCUCCGAGCGAAGCCGUCCAAGUGCUCACUGAUGCUGUUUGUGAGUUUGGAUCAUCUGCAUCAUCUAGUUCGCUCUCCACCAUCCACAUCAUCAUCAAACCCGGUUAUCCUGACUCAGACGAGCUCUACCGUGACCUCUACCAACACCUUAGCAUGAACCAAGGAAGUGAAGAGAUCUUCAGAUCCCUCACCAGUGACCUGGAUGAAAUUACCAUCAAGCUGGAAGGCGGAGUUAAACUACGGAUGAUUUUUGGGGACAUCACCGACGAGACAACGGAUCUUGUGGUGAACACAACAGAUUUCACAAAUUUUGACCUUGAUGGUGUGUGCAAAUGUAUCUUAGCUGCAGCUGGACCAGAGGUUAAGGAACAACUUAAAACAGUAGCGACAAUAUACCCAAGAACCAUGGUUUUCACUCAACCGGGACGGUUCCCCUGCAAAGCCAUUUUACACGUGUGUGGAGAGAAGUCCGCCAGCCAUAUUGAAAAGAUCAGUCAAGUGAUCGUCAUGUACUGCGAAGCAAACCACUACACUUCUGUAGCAAUCCCUGCAAUCUGUGCUGGAGCCGGCGGGCUGCAGCCAAGACUCGUGGCAGGAGCAAUCCUGCGAGGGAUCAGGAGCGCCACGACUUUCGCUCACUUUCACACCCUGCGCGAUAUCCGCCUAAUCCUGUACAAGAUGGAUGUGUUCCUGUCAUUUCAGGAGGAAGCCAUGCAGAUAUUUUCCACUGCUGUAUACUGCACAGGUGCCCUGCCUGAAACACAACUUCAAGAGCGCCGGCUGUCAGCGAGCGCAGACCUCAGCAUCCUCAGCAACAGUCUUGCAAAUCGACACUCUGCCUUUCUGUUCCUGGGCUUCAACAGGAAGAGCGUUGGCGACGCCAAGCUGAAGCUGAGAGAUCUGUAUCAGAAACAGUGCUCCACUCACACUUUCAGAAAAGAGGAGCUGGACAGCCUCAUGCAGGACGACGUGACAGGGCUGAUCCAGCUGAUCGACACUCAGGGGUUGUCCAUACAAAUUGACCAGUCAGGUAACUUAUCUCUGAGUGGACAAAAAGAUGGCGUCACCCAUGCAGUGAUUGCCAUCAAUGCAAUUCUCCACGGUAACCUCAGGAGAGAGAUGAGGAUCAAGGAGGAAGAGGAACUGUACACCCGUGUGGUUUGGUGCAUCAUGAGCCACAAUGGUCUCUGGCAGAGACUUCCCAAAACUGCAAAUUACAAUUUGGAAAAACAAGACAUUGCAAGGGGAAUAGUGGAUGCACAGGGAGUCACAUGGACGGUAGAUCUAAACAGCAUGGAGGCCACAAACCUCAUGGUCGCCGAGCCCAGGAAGCUCAAACGACUGGAGAAUCUGCCGGACUUCACCAUGCCUCUGUACUGGGACAGCAUGGCCCCCGGAGAGAAGGUGAAGGUGGUGGCAGUGCCACCUUCCUCUGCAGAGUACCGAGCUUUGAAGAAUGCCUUCAGAAAAACUGAGAGCAAGACUGUCAUGAAAAUUGAGCGUUUGCAGAACACCCAUCUGCGUCGCGCCUACGAAGUCCAGAAGAGGCACAUUUCAGAGAAGAACAAGCAGGAGGGGGGAGCGAGGGAAAAACUUCUGUAUCACGGGUCCACCAAGUACAGCUGCGACUCCAUCUCGACGACUGGCUUUAAUCGUCGUUUCUGUGGUCAAAAUGGAACUGCAUAUGGUGCUGGAGUUUACUUUGCUGUGAAUGCAUCUUACUCAGCGAAUGUGCACUACUCCAAGCCGGCUGCUGACAAGUCUCAGGUCAUGUUCGUGGCUCGAGUGCUGACCGGCAUCUACACUCAGGGCAACAGCAGCAUGAACGUCCCUCCUCCUCGAGUCAGCUGGCGGCCCCACGACCGCUUCGACAGCGUGGUGGAUCAAAUGGAUAAGCCCCAGAUGUACAUCGUGUUUCACGACAGCCAGGCUUACCCAGACUAUCUCAUCACCUUCAAAUGAGGGGGAAAUACUGAGGGGAGGUCCUGCACAGCUGAAAACAGCUGGUUUUACUCUAUAGGGCCACAUUGUAACAUAAUCUCAGGGUAUCAUUUCGUUCUUGUAGUUUAGUUAUAAACUGUGCCAACUGAAGCCAUACUUUAAAGAAGAAUUAUUGUCUGUGUAUUAUUUACUGUGUGUAGUCAAAAUCAAGGUGGUGUGAUGCUGAUCGCCUUGAUAAAUAAAUGAAUCAAUAAAAUUGCAACAAACCUUCAAAUAAACUGCCUUUUUCAACUGUAAUCAGAAAAUUAAAUGAGCACAAAUUGGAACACAUAUUCCUUAUUAGUAUGAAUAAUUUAAGAAAAAUGACAGAGGGUUAAAAGCAAAAAUACAUUAAAACAAAGAGCAAAAGUGAACUAGAAAAUUCCAGAGGAAAUUUUACUUUGUGCCUACCAGCUGCUGCUGACAGUGAUCUGUGUGUGUGUGUGUGUGUGUGUGUGUGUGUGUGUGUGUGUGUGUGUGUGUGUGUGUGUGUGUGUGUGUGUGUGUGUGUGUGUGUGUUUAUAUAACACCUCUAUAUUCACUGUGAGCUCUGAGCUGAGAUCAGCCACGACAGUCAGCAGGUGUGUGUGUGUUGCCAUGGGGACCAGCUGCAGUCAGCAGCCACAACAGUGAUUCAGCAGUUUCACUCAGUUCGUAUGGUUGAAUAAAUGUUUGUCUCAUGCUAGCUGUUGCCAAAGCUGUCCGUCCCUGAGAGUGGGAUCCCUCCAUACUGUGGUUCUCCCCAAGAUUUCUUCUUUUCCCACUGGGUUUUUGGAGUUUUUUCUUGCCGGAUGUG